AAACACACAGCUUUGCUAUCACAACCCACGUAAAAUUUGCUGCACUCGACGCGAUGAACUACAAACAGACACUAUUUUUACUACUUGUUUACCAGUGCUACUUUUUGGCAAGAGUUAAAGCUUUAGAGAUACCCCCACAUAUGAAGUCGGGCGCAAAGAAAUUGUCCAAUAUAUGCAUGAAGGAAAUGGGGCUCACGGAAGACAUGUUUCAAGAAGUCAGGAAAACCGGCCAAUUGCCCAGUGACAGCCGAUUCAAGUGCUUUUUGCAUUGUAUGUUGGAUAAAAUUGGUUUGAUUGAUAAGGAAAAUAUUGUUCACUUGGACAAUAUUUUGGAAUUACUACCCCCUGAAUUUCUCCCGAUAAUAGAACAACUGCAUACAACCUGUGGAACUAAAAGUGGAGCCGAUGGCUGUGAAACGGCGUUUUUGACAGUAGAAUGCUACAUUAACACGAAUCCAGUAAUUUUAAAACUUGUAUUCGUAACCUUCUCCGAUUGACAUGCAAAGUUUAAGAAAGUGUGGAUAAAUAGAUUAAUGUAAAUUUAAACUAAAAAGUAUGCUCACCCAUAAAGAGAAUCGUCAAUACGCAAUAAUAACAGACAACGUACAAUUCGUAAACACUCAAUUUGCACCUUUAUCAUCAUAUCCUUAAAUAUAAAUAUACAAAUAAGUAUUCUA